GACCUUAAUUUUUGAGCAACAUAAAUAAUUCUUAAACCUGACACAUGAGUUAACAUCAACAGUUUACGUAACGAAUUAAAGAAUAGAAAUAAACAGAAAAAUUACACUUUGAAUAGAAGCCAAGGUAACAAAAAACAUAUAAACAUGGCGAUGGCUAUUGUGAUGGUUUUAUGGAGAUGACGGCAAAGAGUGCUGUCUUGUAGGUCCUACUAGUCAAUAUGGCUACUACUGAAUUGAAGUCUGAUGAAAUUCAAGCACUAUCUUCUAUCUAUGGAAAUGAUUGGCAUAUUUUAGAUGCCAACUCUAAGAAGUUUUCCAUUCAUGUUGCUGCUAACAGUAUCAGCUCCCCAAGGUGGGAGAUAAACUUGCAGGUUCGGAUGCCUCAUGACUAUCCACUUCAGUCACCCCCUGAAUAUCAAAUUGAUGCAGUGUGGCUAAGAGGGGAAGAACGUCUUCGUCUGGAAGAUCAACUUUCACAGGUUUAUUGUGACAACAUUGGGGAAGAUAUUGUUUACUUGUGGGUGGAAGCUGUUAGAGAGUUCCUACAACAAAAGUCAGAUGCAGGCACACGUGUGAAUGAUGAUGUUCUAAAAGUGACUGAACAGAAUGCUGUUGAUUGCAUUGAGAGUACUCCUUUGUUUGAUGAAGACCAGUCAUUUUCCUCUCAUUCAGAUCACUUGCGGAUUCCAGCAAAAGUCAGCCCUCUAGAAACAUGUCCAGAAAUAAUCCAUGGAGCAAUAAUUACAGACAGAAAAAGUACUUUCCAGCCACAUAUGGCUCUAGUGACUGAUAAGUCUCAGGUGAAGGUUGUUUUGAACAAGUUGCUGGAGAAUAAGAAAAUUGCCAAUGCCACUCACAACAUGUUGGCCUACAGGAUAGUCACUGGCACUGGUGUGGUUUACCAUGGUUGUGAUGAUGACGGGGAAACACACGCUGGAUCUAGGAUGCUGCAUUUACUUGAGAUAAUGAAUGUAGAAAAUGUCAUGGUGGUGGUCUCUCGCUGGUAUGGAGGUAUCCAGUUAGGUCCAGAUAGAUUCAAGCACAUCAACAACUGCUGUAGACAGAUACUGGAGUCGAAUGGUUUCAGUGAUGAUAAAGAUGGAAAGAAAGUCUCCAAAAAAGACAAAAAGUCUAGAUGAUAAAUGUCAGUGUGACUAGUUGUCUCCUUCAGGAUGAACUUGGCUGAUGCUGUCAAGUCCUGCUGGCUGUAUUGAUUCUAGUCUUCCACCUCCAAGAUCUUUCAUUGUUCACGUCAGUGUACUGUCUUAAGUUAAGAAACAUUGACUUGGCCGAGUUGUUCUAUACAUUCUAUUUCUGAUACUAUUACAAAUUUUGUAUAAAGUCACCUAAAAUGUACUAAAUACUUGGUUUAAUAAAUUACUAAAAACAUGGAAAUCUAAAACGUCACAAUGGCAAUUGGGCCAAAAAACAAAACAAGUUAAGACUGUACUGCCAUAUAACAAGAUCCUCAGCUCGCACAAGACUUUUCUGCAUUAACCAGUACCAUGGAAAAGAGAGGCAGACAGAUGGAAUGACAUUAAGGAAUGGACUGGCUUAUCUAUGGAAGUAACUUGAAAGCUGGCAAAAGAAAGACAGGAGUGAAAAGAGACUGUUGCCAGAUCAUGUUUUUUAAAGAACAGAUUUAUCUAGAUGAACAGAGACUAAAAUUGUUCUGGCCUCUGCACAUCUGUUUAAAAAAAAAAGUGAAAUAUUUGGAGAUGAUUGCUCUUGCCAGAAAACUGCACCUACCUAUACAAUCUUUCAAUUAUUUUCAUCCCUCAGCAUGCCAGUGAAUGGGAUGACUGUGAAAGCAAUUAAAUAUGGUAGAUGACCAAUGAAAUGUUUCCAUCAAGUCUCAGAGGAACUGCCUCUAUAAUUAUUCUGACCAUAUUAGAAACAAGACGAUUUGAUGUCUGUCCAAACUUUAAGACAUUACAGAUAACUUAACUAGAAACCCCAACAAUUGAUGAGAAAUUAAUUGACCAUGGAUGCGAAGAAAAAAUAUAUAUGCAUACUCUCUCAUUGAUUGUGAGAAUGCUUAGUGGAUUGUUUUAGACAGAAAACUUUGAGAAUGUCGGCUGUUUGACAUUCUCUAAGUAAAUAUAGUAAAACACUUUAAAGGUAUAACAUUAAACUAAAUUUUAUUUGAAAUUCAUAUCAUUGAAUUAUUGCAAUAUUAUUACAUUAUAAAUCCACUUUGUUGUUUUAUUUUUACAAAAUUCUUUGAAGGUUUGAAAAAAUAUACAAAAGGUAAUCUACAGAGCAGAUGAUGAAAGGUCAUCUGUUUCUCUGGCCCACUCAGGGGUAUCCAAAAUGAAAACUCCCACACAGAGAUGUGAACCUGAGACCCCUUAGGAAGCCAAGCUCUUUACCACAGCAUGCGCCACCAUGCCCUGGAAGUCUGUAUUAAAUAUUCUUUAGAUUCAUUUUAGAUUCAUUCUAUUGUCUCAUUAUUGCAUUGAUGAAAUUAUUUUUUAAAUUGUUUUGUGACUUGAUUUAAUCCUUUUGACUACCAGUGGAAAUUAGGGCUGCAACAGCACUUCGCUAUGGAACUUUAUUCUUGGCGAUUACCCUCAGCUGGGUCCAUGUCCAUCCUGCUGUCUUUGUCUCUUGAUCAUCCAAUCUUCUCCAUGUUUGCUUUGGUCUUCCGGCCUUUCUCUUCCCCUGUGGAAAUUUGUUUUCUAUUAUGAAUUAAAUUUUAAUCACACUUAAUAAAAAAAACAACCUUUAAUUUUGUUUUUAAAUCACUGGACAGAAACGUUGGCCACACAAAUUAAACAGACUUACUCUGUUUUCUAAAUAGUUUCCUCUAGUUACUGAGCUACUUUUUAAAUUAAUUUUUUCUUUAAGAAAAAAUAUUCUCAGUUGUACUACAUAAAAAACAGGAAAAGAAAAAAAAAAGAUUUGAAAUUAUUAGCUCAUUAUUUACACACUAAAUGGUUAACAUAAUCCCAAUCAUAACAAACAUGUUUUUUAAAUUGUAAGAUUUUUUAAACCUUAUUUAAUUAUAUUAAAAAAUUCUGCCUAAAAACACACUCACUUUAUGUAACUGAAUUUUCCAACACCCAAUUGCAUCUUGAAAAAAGAAUGACAGUCUCAAUAAUGUUCUACUUUCUUAGAAUGAAAAAAUUCACAUAUACUAUUGAUGAAAACAAUGUGUCACUGACCUUUUAGAACUUUUUCUUAACAUUUAUUUGUCUUUGCUUUAUAGCAGCUCAAGGAUUGUGUUUGUUUUCACUUCAGCCUUCAUAGUGUAACAUAUUUCUCUUACCUCCCCUGUUGCCUUGAGUUAAGGAAUAUGCAGAUGUUUGGAUAUUUAAUUAAAACAAAAAUUCAAAUAAAAUGUAAAUAUUUACUAGAUCUAAAUAGACCAUCUAAUAGCGUCAUAUAUUAUCUAGAUAUUCUUCUAUUAGUGUUUUAGUAUUAUAGUAUGAACGAACCUUGUAGGUAAGUAAUAAUAUUGAAAAACAGGUUCUGGGUUUAGUUUAGUUAAAACUAAUACAAGGAUUCAGCUCUAGCACUACCAGGCAUUGCACUCUCCUUUAGACAACUGGUCUGCUCCCCACAUUUCUAGACUGAAUUGUGUAGUUGGUCAUUCUAAGGAAUCAGUAGUAUAAAAGUAACCUUCCUAAUUAAUCCAUCAGUAAGAAAAUAACUAUCAAAAUUAUUGUUGGGAGCAUACAUACUUAUUGUUGACUUCAUUUUUUCUUAUCAAUUAUUCUUAUCAAUGCCUUCAUUCUAGUCUUACUAUACAAUGUAUAAGCAAGUCUUUUAAGAACUGUUUUCAUUUGUAUGAAGAAACUAGAAAAAUGUAAAGAAUAUGUUAUUAAAAAACAAAGCUUAUAUUUAGCGUAGUUGUAUUCAUUUUUGUGGAUCAGUCAUGUCAUUAAAUGUGUAAUAGAUCUAGACUAAAACUAAUAAAACUGUGCUAUUCUAAA